AUGCAGAUCCAUGUUGUUAAGAAUUCCGAAGGUGUGGAUGAAUGGAUGAUGAUCGAGAUGCAGGGUACUAUUGAAAAUAGUGGGAAACCUCUAUGCGAUGAAGUUUUAGGGAGUCUUUCUUGGCGUCGGGAUGACAACGAGGCGCUCCUACUGGUUGGACAUCAUUUGCUUGAGGGGAAAGUUUCCGAACUAGAAAAGCCAUUCCUAGUCGUCCGUCCAACACCAGGUGAAGAUAUUCAUACCAAGCAACGCACUAUGACCAUCGAUGCUGUUAUAAAGCGCAGAUUAGUAUUCAAAAAUCGACCAAAACCUCUUGUCACACAAUUAUCUUCUCCGAGUUAG